AUGCACGAUCAAAUUGAUAAGUUCAAGGAAUACAUUUCUCAAACAAGAAUAGACAAUGAUCAAAUUUUUCUUGAAAUUCCUGAUUUGGAGAAAUUUGAAAAAGAGAAAGUUUAUAAUUAUUGCCCAUUUUUAAAGCUAUCAUUAAUUGAAGCUUGCGCAUAUUUUGGAUCUAUUAACAUUUUCUAUUUCUUAACUUCAAAUCAAUAUUGUAAAAAAACAAAAGAAUGUCUUCGCUACUCAAUAAUAGGACGAAAUUCUGAUAUCAUCAAUGAAUGUUUGAAAGAUAACGAAAUGGACAUUAAGUGCCUCAGAGAUAUUGUUAGAACACAUAAUAAUGAAAUGCUCGAGUACGUUUUAGAAAGAAAUAUAUUCACUUAUAAAGAUUUCGAUGUUGAAGAAUGGGUUCAUAAUAAAGAUAUAUACGAACGGCGUAAAUAUAAGGCAGUUUAUGAGGAUGUUAUCACAUAUCAAAACCUGAAUGCUGUAUUUCUUCUAUUCGAGAGAGAGAAGAACUGUAUUUUUCCUUGGUGUGCUGCAUUUCCUCAAACAAUAGAUAUUAUAAAAAGCAAUAAAAUUCCUGACAAAAUUGAUUUCCAUGGUAGGAAUAUAUAG